AUGUUGGCCACAUAUGCUGCAACCUUUGCCUACGCCAGUGCUCGGCUAGCUGCCACCGUAAAAGAGGGAGCAAAAAAGGCAACAGGCGUCUUUCCAAACCCGGCUGGCAAGACCAACACCACCAACACCACCGAGGACGGCCUUGUGGGCCUGUGGACAGAUCCCAACGGCCUAUCAUUCAAUGAGAACCCUUCAGUAUCGAUGUAUCAAGAUCUUUCGGCUUUUAUGGGAACUAUGAACAUCCCACUUUUCUGGAAGGAUGGUGAAACUGUUCGUGAUACCGUCCACGAUGUCGGUCAGAUAUUGUUUGCAACCAUUGAACGACAGGGCCUCCCUACGCCUACUGAUGGUGGCAAUCCUAUUGUAACAAUUAACGGGGAGGUUCCAAUUCAAGGCGGUCUCAUUCGUGCCUGCCAUAUAUACUACCCGAUCCCAAUGGGCAAGGCAGGAGAGGAUAUCUCGCUGCAUAGCGCAAUCCAUCUCAUCUACACCACGAAUGUAGACACGGCGGCCACUAACGCAGCCCAAAGCCACCUCAGCGUCGUCAGCCCGCUCAGUAACCAAAACUCCUGGGUCGUGACAAUGAACAUCACCUGGGCCAGUGCUCCCAUCGCUGGAUCACCGGAUGUUCAGAAGAGAUUCACGGAUAUCCUCACCAAGGACUACCCUGUACUCAAUCUCUUUGUUUCCAAUGUCACUGGCACGCUUCAGAUCGUAAAGGUUCAGACCCCGGCUGACAAGACUCCAGCCUACGCCAAAGCCGCCGUGGAAGCUGCAGUGGUUUCAGCUCUCAACGACGGAUCAUCUAACAACAAUGGGAUCGCUAUGAACGCAGUCCAAGUCCAGAUUACGGAUUCCUCUUGGCUGCCAAAUGGGUCGGCGCCCUAG